AUGUUCCACAGCAGCACGCAGCGCCGGCACUGGACCUUCCAUGGCGAGGAGGAACUGGCGCGGCGCCGCGCUGAGGGGAACCGCCGGGCCCGGGCCAGGGCGGCGGCCAGCGGGAAGGUGCCGCAGGGUGACCCGGUGCUGCUGGAGCCGCACGAGGAGCUGGCGCUAUGCAAGUACUACGAGAAGAGGCUGCUGGACUUCUGCGCCGCAUUCAAGCCCGCGAUGCCGCGGUCCGUUGUGGGAACAGCUUGCAUGUAUUUCAAACGUUUUUACCUCAAUAACUCAGUGAUGGAGCAUCAUCCUCGGAUAAUAAUGCUAACAUGCACAUUUUUGGCCUGCAAAGUAGAUGAAUUUAAUGUAUCCAGUGCACAGUUUGUUGGUAACCUUCGAGAAAGUCCUCUUGGACAGGAAAAAGCUCUUGAACAAAUACUGGAAUAUGAACUGCUACUUAUUCAGCAACUGAACUUCCAUCUCAUCAUCCACAAUCCAUACAGGCCAUUUGAGGGAUUUCUAAUUGAUAUUAAGACUCGCUAUCCAGUGCUGGAAAAUCCUGAAAUUUUAAGGAAAACAGCUGAUGACUUCCUUAACCGAGUGGCUCUGACAGAUGCAUAUCUGCUCUUUACUCCCUCACAGAUCGCUCUCAGUGCGAUAUUAUCUAGUGGCUCAAGAGCAGGAAUUAAUAUGGAAAGCUAUUUAUCAGAAAGUCUUAUGCUGAAAGAGGACAGAUCAACCUUAUCCAGAUUACUAGAUGAAAUGAAAUGCAUGAAAAAUCUCAUUAAAAAAUAUGAACUGCCGAGGCCUGAAGAGGUUGCUGCUCUAAAACAGAAAUUAGAGAAGUGUCACAGCUUGGACCUCUCAUUUAAUACAAACCCGAAGAAAAGGAAAGGUUAUGAAGAUGAUGAAUAUGUGACAAAGAAAUGUAAAAUGGAUGAGAGUGGACUGAUGAUGAUCUUGUGGAUUCAGAAUUACUUUGAAGGAAGAUGGACUCCUACCACCCUCUGGUGUCAGGCAUGUGUUUUGUGAGGAUACUGCAAUUUGUAGUGCUAGGAGGAUUCUUACUACAAGAUCUGGAGCUCUACCUUUGAGCUCACCAGAAACCUACAGCAUUUUGAGACUCAAACCCUCUAAAUGAAGGGAAAAUCCAUCCAUUAGGAGCUUUUUAAAAUCUAAAUGAGAGAAAAGCAACAAAAUUCAGCAAAAUCUGCUGUUACCUAUUAAGUAAUUCAUUAAACUGAUGAUAAACCAAUAAUGCUGCAAUUAAAACAGCAGAAUAAUCCAACAGAUAUUUUCAAACCAACAGUUAUCAGAGACCUCAUGUAAAAUCUGUCAUUUAAAGAAAACUGAUGUAUCAUAAUAUGGAGAAGUUGUGAUUUUAUCAGAAAAGGAUGACAUCUGGAACCUACCCACAUGCCACACUUUUAAGUGUUUUGAGAUACCUUCUAGGACACUUCUAAAGGAUUAAUUCAGGAUGCUUAGCAUAUUUUUCUCAUCUCACUUUAUUAAAUGAAUUAUUGCAUUUAAAAUACAUACAUAUAAUACAUGACCUAACUCCUGUUACAGCAAUCACACCCACAAAAUAGUCAUGUUUCAUAAGAACAGAGUGACAGCAUUUCACUUUCAAACUACAAUAUGUAGAAUGCACACAGUGAAGCUUUUGCCAGUGCUAACUGAAAUUCAACCUAUUUUUUAAAGAAAAAUUAUCUUCAGUCUCUGAUUAAAACCAUGUGACAAGUUAUAUAUAAAAAUUUCUGGUUUAAAAACAUGUUUGUGAAAGGUUUGCAUUUUUGCCUAAUAUUUCUAAUCUCAUGGCUAUAGAAUCUAUUUCAGCUUCUCACAUUUACAGAGGCACUAAAUUAAUAAAAUCUUACACAGAUAAGUUAUGGUUUUAAUUCCAUAUGACAGACCAGGAAUUUUUAAAUAAGUAUUAAAAAGUAUACUCAGAUAAAAGCAUUCAAAAUUAUGUGGCAGCUGAUGCAUUACUGAGCUAGUUAAUAAGAAGUGUAAAAAAUUUUAAUUUACAAUUCUGCUAUGUAACUUCAGCAAAUAUUUUUUUAACUACUUACCCCAAGCUCAUCCAAGAACAUGAUCAUGCGAUGUUUGUUGCUCUUGAUGAAUGGAUUUACCCCUUCCAUAUAUGGCUCCUAAUAAUUUUAAAAAGUAUUCAUUAACAAAUCAUUGCCAAGAUAAUUGUCACAUCUGAGAUGAACACAGUGCAGUCAGGCAAAUGACACUGCAAAACGAGUAUGUAAAUAAAAAUAAUAUAUUUUUUUCAA